UUUAUAAUUGUUUGGAUCACGGUGGGACAGUUAGAGGGUGGGGAGGGAGGGAUUAUCAUUCUUGGCACUCCUAAAAUUUCUUGACAGCCGACACUAGUAGAAAAAAAGUGUUCUUUCCCCUCUCAUGGAUCUCAAGAAAUUCUGGCUGCCAGUAUUCAUUGGAAUUCUCAUCUUCUCGCCCUGCGAUGCAGCGAAUUCGCGGAAUUCGAGCGCCAAAAACUGGAGCAAAUCCCUGGACGCCACAUUUCCAGAGCAGCUCCGGCGAGGAUUGAGAUCAUGCGCCACAGUCGCCAGCCCGGGCGAGGGCGGCGUGUGCAAAAUCCUCGCGGCCAUGGACGAGCAGCUCAAAAUCCUGGCCGCGCCCAAGAAUCGCGAUCCUCCUCCAAGGAAUUCUUGCAAAUUCAAGAGUGACAAUGGAGCAUCGCUUCAUAGGUACGCGACGGAUCGAUCGCCGGCGCUCCAGGCGCUGCUCGAUCGCUACUCGGCCAUGCACAGCGCCUGCGUCGCGCGCGACCACGACAAUCUCCACCACAUCAUCGCCAAGAACACCGCCAAGAUCACGAAUCCCAGCCAGUGCCGCUACAUCGUGUGGAGCUGUACCUUCGGCCUGGGCAACAAGCUCAUGUCCCUCGUCUCCACAUUCCUCUACGCCAUCCUCUCCCAGCGCGUCCUCCUCCUCGAAGAAUCUCCCUCCUGGGAUCGCCUCUUCUGCGAGCCCUUCAUCGAUUCACACUGGAAGCUCCCGCGCGGCCUCUCCCUCAAGGACGAUCAAUCCAUCUCUUUCCCGGAUUUCUAUGCGCGCUGCCGCGGCCGCCUCGCUCGAUCCGACGCGUGCCGCUCCCAGCCCGUCCUCCCGAUCGUCUUCUCCGCCAACACCAAGCCGGAAGAACACCGAUUCCUCGUCUGCCCGUCUGCCAUGGCAUCGGUCAGGAACAUCCCAGUCUUGAAUUUCAGGAACAGCAACCAGUACUUCGCGGCGGGAUUCUUCCUCAAUCCAUCCCUGCGCCCAAUCCUCGAGGCGAUCUUCCCGGAGCGCCGUGUCUUCCACAAUCUAGCCGGCUUCCUGCUCAACCCUAGCGACGAGGUCUGGGGAUCCAUCCAGUCGCUCCACAGCAUGAAAUUCCGAGGCGCAUCGAGAAGAAUCGCGGUCCAGCUCCGCGAAUCCAAGGGCGACUACCGCGACUACUACGACGCAUCGGUGCCGCGCUGCAUUCGAUCCAAAUCCGGCCUCUGCCCGAUCGAGAUCGACGAGUUCCUGGAAUCCAAGAACAAAUCCAUCGCCAGCGACGAUUACAUCGCGGUCUACGUCGCGUCCCUGGUGGGCGAGCACGCCGCCAAGCUCAACGCGAGCCUGCGCGACGUGGAGUCCCAGACGGGGCAGAGAUUCGAGCUCGUGACGCUGGGUGCUGACGAGGAGCAGCGCGAUGACGUGGACCACCAGCAGAGGGCCCUCGUGGACAUUUGGUCCCUGAGCCUUGCUGACGUGUUGCUGACGAGUCACAUGUCCACGUUUGGCUAUACGGCCCAGGGACUGGCGGGAUUAACUCCGUACUUCCUCAAGCCUUGGCGGGAUGAUCCUUGCUGGCCCAGCGUUUCCAGUGAUCCUUGCUUCCACUUUGCGCCAUCGAAGAAGCUAUCGUGCCGAGAGGAUGGAUUUAGCUUGAGUGGGAGAGAGAGUGGUGGCGCCGCCAUGGCUUGCCCGGAUCUCCCAGAUACUGGGAUGCAAUUGUUAGAGCCGCCGUGAGUGAAUCGAGAAAGAAGAACUUCAAUCCAGGCAAGAACAAAGCAAGAAUCGAUCGAGCAGGAUAAACAAUGUGGAAUUUCAAUGAGUUUUGCGUAAUCGAUCAGGCCAAAACAUGAAUUACAAUGCUAGAAGCCUAAAGUUUAGAAGAGGGGAUGGAUGAUCCGGGAUGGGCGGUCAUGGCGACCAUCUUUGCAUUGCAAUUAGCGGCCACAACGCUAGCAAGAAAUCCGCGAUGGCUCCUAUCGAUGGUGCGAAUUAAACCCAAGAAAUGCAAGGAAUGUUUGGGAACUGGCUACAAUCUCUGCCUAAUGUGCAAGGCCCGCGGCAAACAAGGCAGGCUCGCGCAAAAUUCCAAUUGCAAAUCUCUCAAGCGUUGAUUUUCAGGUGGGCUCUUCACUGGAUCGCCGCUGGAGAAGUGCUCGCUAUGCCAAGGCCGGGGAAAGAUCAGCUGCGUACGCUGCGCGGGCACUGGAAUCGCGAAUCGCCUCUUCUUCCGCCUCAAGAAAUCCUCCCGAUAAAAGGUCUUCAAAUUCUGUUUUUUAGGGUUCUUUAUUUGUGAGGGAGAGGGUCGUUUUUUAGGGUUCUUCAUUUGUUUCAACUAGACGAAUGUACAAAACAUAUAACAAAGCUCACGCCCGUUUCCUCGCUU